AUGGAAGCUUGGUUUGCAUUGGAAGAUGGUUGGUCACAUCCUACGGAGAAGAAUGAGGAAGGAGAAAUGGUUCCUAAGCACAUGAAGAAAUGGACAGCAGAAGAGAAAGCGGAGUCCAAACAUAACUCACAGGCACUGUCAGUUAUCUUCAAGUCCUUGCCUAGGGAUAUCUUCAAUCAAGUUCAAGGAUGUGAAGCCGCCAAGGAAACAUGGGAUAUUCUGGUAGUCACGUUUAAGGGCACAAGUAGGAUCAAACGUACAAGGCUGGACAAUCUUGCAUCAGAUUUUGAAAACUUGCAUAUGUCUGAAACUGAGUCAGUCGCUGAUUACAGCAGUCGGUUGAGUGGUAUUGCGCAAGAAGUUGUAGUCUUAGGUAAACGGUAUAAGGACAAGAAGCUGGUGAAGAAAUUUCUUAAAAGUCUGCCUGACAAGUUUCAACCACAUAGGUCUGCUAUAGAUGUGUCGCUGAAUUCUGAUGAGCUCAAGUACAAUCAGGUGGUUGGAAUGAUGCAAGCAUUUGAGAUACAGCUAAAGAAGAAAGAAAAGAUAAAUGAGAAGUCUUUUGCCCUUAAAGCCAUAGAAGAACAGAAGCUUGUAGAGUCUCAGGAGGUUGCGGAUGAAGAGAAAGUGGGCUUGUUGGUUAAGAAGUACUUUAGCAAGAUGGAAAGGGGUCCGCGGAAGGGAACCACAUCGCUCAUAAAAUCCGAUACUGAUAAGGAGGUCAGGAAGAGUGACAAGCAAGAGCGACAGUGUGCUGAGUGUGAGGGUUUUGGACAGUAUAAGUCUGAGUGUCUAAACAACAAACGUAAGAGUUCUCUGCAGUGCUAUGGGUGUAAGGGUUAUAGUCACACUAAGUUCGAUUGUCCUUCACGUGAGAACAAGCAGAAGUCUUACAUUACUUGGAGCGAAAGUGACUCAGAUGAAGAAGAAGACGAAGAAGAUGAUGUGGUGUUGGAAAACAAAGACAUAGAUGAGAAGGUUGAAUCUGAUUCAGAUGGAGAGGAGGCUGAUUUGUCGGUAGAAGAUCAGAUAGAGCUUCUCAUCAAGACAGUGUUACAGAAGACUCAAGAGAACACCCAGUUGACUUCUGAAAGAGAUACUUUGCAACUACAUAUUGCAAUGAUCAGAAAAGAACUAAGCGAAGAAAAGGCUAAGACUCUGCGUCUUGAGAAGCAGUUAGAAAGAAAGCUGAAGAAUAUCAGAGUGCUGAAUAAGGGAACUAAAGAUCUGGAUACACUGCUUAGCGCUGGAAGAUCAAGCAAUCUGAAGUGGGGUCUGGGUUAUCAAGGAACAAACACUAACACGACCACUCAGUUUGUCAAAGGGAUGGGGUCUGAGCCCAAGCUGAACGAGAAGAAAUUCUCUACAACGACUAGACCAUAUGAUCAAUGUUCUGUGAAGCAGAAUCCAAGAAUCCCAAGGAUGAGGAUGCAGCAUGAGUUGUCUACUAGACCGCCAUAUGCCUCAAGUGGGUUUCAGCAGACGGUCCAAAGACCUAUUCAGCUUAGUAGAAGAAGAGGUUGUUGGUAUUGUGGACAUCUAACUCACUAUAAAGCCCGAUACUAUCAAUUUCAGAAUCGUGUGUCUAGCGUGGUGCAACGUGGUGACUUUUAUCCAGCUGUGAGAAGGAACACUCAGGGAUAUGUCAGGAAAAAACAGAGGUUGAUCAGGCCAAGUGGUACUUUGACAGUGGAUGCUCCAAGCAUAUGA